AUGGCUCCUGACACAGUCACCUUCAAGAAUUGCUUCAAGAUCAGAAAGCAGGAUGAUGACAAAGAUACAACUCCAGUUCCACAUUCCUUCAAUUUCAUGGCUCGCCAAGAUCUCCCAAAUCAAGGCCUUGGAAUGGACAAAGUUGAGCGCAUUCCACGUGCCAUGAGGAACCCUGCAGAAUCGCAUAGGGACAUCUUUGCGCUGGUCAAAAGCAGGAUGGCAUCGACUAGCUUGGCCCAGGACCCUUUGCUUUGCAUGCCUGGAUCACUGCAGGCAAAAGCUGAAGAGUUUAUCAAGCUGGCGAAUCGUGAAGACUGCCCCAAGCAAAGCUGGAAGAUUGAAGAUGAACGACGGCAGGAGUUGUCAUUGCUUUGCAAGGCGAUCAAGCGAGACUAUCCUCACAUGCACAGGGCCUGUGCUUGGUAUGCUUCAAUGGAUGAUGCUGCGAACCCUGCUCCUGUGCCUGACUUGGCCUUUCUGAGGAGUGUCAUUGGACAAAGAAAUUUGGGUGAUCAUAUCAUCAGCAUUUUCCCGGAAAAAUCUCAAUUGCACCAGGCCAUUGAUGAGCUGGUGAACACAGAGCCGCCUCUAAAGCGCCACUUGACCCUGGCACCAAAUGCCAGCACCGAUGAGUUCUGGCUUGGCUUGGGUAGCUUUGAUUACACCCCGGAAGGGAAGAACGGAUGUCGGAGGAAGGCAAAGAAAGAGGAGGAAGAGGAUCGAGUCAAAAAGGAGGAGGAGGAGGACGAGGGGGCUUCUGAUGAUGACAAGGCUGCCGAAGCAGGUGACGACGAUGAGGACUUCUUGAUCCGUGACAUCAGGUACAAACUGGAGACUGAGCUCUCUCUCAAAGACCGCGGGCUGAAGACUCGCUCAAUAACAUGGGUCUUUGAACCUGAGACAGUGUAUGGCAAAAGGGAUGGAACAAUGCCUGGAAUUGCCAUCAUCAGUCGGAAUUCGGGGAACCUCUUCAAGCAAACCAAAGGAUGGAAAACAGGUACAAUACAUUCCGUACCAAUGCUGGCUCGCAACUCGAUGUACAAGCCAGAUAUGGCAACUUGGACAGGAAUGCCUUUGCCACACCUGGGCCGAGCAUUCACCGAUGUCCAAGAGAUGCGCCAAGCAGCAGGAGGAACAGGAUUCAUUCACGAAACGCUGAAGUCAUUCUCCAUUCCAACAUCCAAAGCAACGAUUUUGGUGGACCUCUAUGGCUACGAUGGUGCCCUGGCCAUGGCAUCCCUGGAGGAUCUUGCUGAUGGCAAAACAUCCGCUUGUGGAACAAUGUGCUUGGACAACAGUGGAAGCGACAUCAUGUGUCGGCUUGGGAACACUUUGUACUCUUCGGCUCGGGCUGGGCGGGUUUCCCUCACAGGAUUCCCAGACAUAAGCCCGAUAGUGGCCAGCAUCAAGAGUGGAGCACCGACAAACUCAGAGAAGACCUACAAAGUCACAUCGCAGGUGGCAAAUCGUCUUAUGAUCUUGCAAUCUCUGGCUACAAAGUUCAUUGAGGAGCCCACUACCAAGGACCGUGCCGAGGCAGAGAUUGCAAGUCACAACGAGCGCUUCAACAAGGAUGGCCAGUAUCUUCUGAGUGAGUCGAACAAAGAUGCCGAAGCACCCCAAGCUGAUGAGCCUGCAGCGAAACGUGUCAAGCUUGAGGAGUGCACUGAGCAGCAUGUCUCUACUCUGAAGAAUGUGGGCCGAAAUCAAUUCCUGGAUAAGAGAGAAUUGCUGCAUGGCCCAAACGUUUGA